AUGCAGUUCAAGACUCUCGCUCUUGCCCUCCCGGCCCUCUUCACUCUCGCCGCGGCCGUUCCAUCUCCCAACGGUGGAAGCGGACCCACUGUCGGUGAUGCCAGCUGUGGCAAUGGCCAGGUCCUCUCCUGCUGCAACACCGACAGCGAGAGUAGCGGUGGCCUCAUUGGCGGUAUCCUCGAUGGUGUUUUGGGCGGCUCUUGCACUGCUCUCAAUAUCCCAGUUGUUGGAAUCAAUAUUCCCCUUAGCCAGGCUUGCGGUAGCAACCAGGCUGCCUGCUGCACUGGCGACAGUAACGGCUUGGUCAACGUUGCCUGCACCAACGUCAAUCUCUAA